GUGGGGGCGAGGGGUUCGCUGGCGGACUGACUGUGCGCAGGAGUUUCCGAUGCCCGUGAAUUUCCACGGCGGCAGCUGCUCGCUGUCAACACGAGUGGUCUUGUGAAAAUUGCAAAUAAGAGAGAUGCCUGAGCUGUUUCCACGCGAGGACAGUUAACAGGUUUGGAAAGGCCUUUUAAAGCAAUGGCGCUGAUGAAGAGUGGCUGGCUUUGGAGACAGAGUUCCAUUUUGCGACGCUGGAAAAGGAACUGGUUUGUUCUGUGGCUAGAUGGUGGCCUUGUGUAUUACCAGGAUGAGACCCAGCGUGACCUGGAGGGCAGGAUCCACAUCAAAUUCAACUGCCGGGACAUAAAGACUGGCCGCGAAUGCAGAGAUGUGCAGCCCCCGGAAGGGAAGAGCCGAGAUUGCCUGAUGACGAUUGUGCUGCGAGAUGGCUCCAAAGUGACCCUGUGUGCGGAGAGUGAGGACGACGCCGUCGCCUGGAAGAUGGCAGUGCUGGAGGCGAAAAACACCCCGGUCCAUAUGUACGACCCAUAUGACGACUAUUACCAGACAGUGCCCUUGGAUUCCCACCAGACCAUGUACAUCAGCUCGGGAUACUACGGCACCCAGUACGGAGCGCCUGGAGUGACUCAUGUGAUUGUCCGCGAGGACCCCUACCGCGUGUCAGGAGACCAUAUGGCUUUGGGCCUGCUGGCCGGCGCUGCCACUGGGGCCGCCCUGGGAUCCUUCAUGUGGAUGCCGUGCUGGUUCUAAGAACUCGCUCGCCUGUGGGAUGCCUCUGGACCAAGCGCUUGACCGAGAAGUUUGGGUUCCCUCAAGGCGGCCUGCGGGGCGAUGCCCUAGAACGUAGAUCAUUGUAAGGUUCCCCUCCCAUCCCCGAUGAGUCCGCCCUUUGCUUGGUGUGCCUGACUAGGCACAUUGAUGGCAUAAAUUUUCCUUUGCCUCCUAACCCAGCAGUCUUUUAAUUUUCUCAUCACUCAACAUAAUCCAGAUGUCCACCCUGACCUAGGCACUGUGCUGCCCACCCAGACCUUGACCAGGGCCAAGCAGAGAGUGCUGCUGUUCUGGAGGAUGAACAGAAACCUCUGGUACCUCCCAGCGUCUCCUCUGCUCCGAACUGACAGCUUCUGCUCCUGGCCCUCCUUCUCUGAAGAGAGGGAGAGAGGAGGUGAGCAUGGAGCCAGAUCCUCAGCUGGUGUAGGGUGAGUUAACUCCACUGACGUCAGUGGGGUGAUGCCAGCUUAAACUGCAGCCGAGAAUCUUGUCUCCAUUGGCCCCCUGGGUUUCAGAUCCCUGUAGCGUACAGGCCAGUACUGUGUAAAUUGCAGGUGUUUUAUACAUUGCAUUUAAAAGAAAUCCUACUUGGACUUAAAUAGGACGUAAAAGGAAACAGCCCAUUUCCUAUGUAGCAGCCCCCCUCAGGUGUGUAACGUAUAUAGAACAUGUGACUGACUAGCUGUGUAAAGGAAACACAUAUGUCAUCCCACUGGGGGGGGUAGGGUAUUUUAGUUUAGACGUGAUUCUGUAUGGUCCAGUGCACCGUGAAGUGCAAUAGGCAAAGUCUACAGCGAAGUUCAUGUCACCUGUAAAACAUACUUGGCCGUGAGCCACGCGAAUCCCUCUGUGUGUCAUAUGUACACCAGCACAUGUGGACACUUAACCCAGCGUCUGUUACACUCCACUCACAUAUUAAAAAGCUCUGACUCCCUCA